AUGGGAAAACGAAAAGAUAAUGAAGAAGCAAACAACUCAUUGGUGUCAUUUUCUGCUCUUCGCAAGGACGUUGCCAAUAUUCUGGAGAGAUUAAAGAAUGAAGAAGAUCAAAAGGCUGUUGAAAGCCUGAAAUUGAAGCUCACAUUUAUUUCUACAUAUGUCCAGCUUUCUUAUUCCGAUUUGGAGCAGUUUGAAGAUAUAAUGACUAGAAAAACACAAGAGGUUGAGAAUCUGCUUCAACCAAUUUUGGAUGAUGAUGGCAACAACGUUGGGUGUAAAUAUGUCCUUACUAGCCUCGCCAGUAAUAUGGAUGACUGUAUCAGCUCUCAUCAUCGUUCUUAUAAAUCAGAUGCCACCAUGAUGGAUGAGCAAUUGGACUUCCUCCUCUUGAAUCUCUAUCAUCUAUCCAAGCAUCGUGCUGAAAAGAUGUUUCCUAGAGUGAGUCAAUAUGAGGUUCUUCAGAAUGUAUGUGGCAACAUAAGAGAUUUCCAUUGGUUGAUAGUGAAUGGUUGCAUUAAACAUGAGAUGGUUGAGAAUGUCUUACCUCUGUUUCAAUUGAUGGCUGAGAGAGUAGGACACUUCCUUUGGAAUGAUAGAGACUCUCGACUCUCCGAGCUAGAUGAGGAUGAUCAGGCUGAUGAAGACUCUCAACUCUCCGAGCUAGAUGAGGAUGAUCAGAAUGAUAGAGACUCUAGACUCUUCAAGCUAGCACAUCUACUCUUGAAGAUUGUUCCAACUGAACUGGAGGUUAUGCACAUAUGUUAUACAAAUUUCAAAGCUUCAACUUCAGCAGAAAUUGGACGCUUCAUUAAGAAGCUCCUGGAAACCUCUCCAGACAUUCUCAGAGAAUAUCUGAUUCAUCUACAAGAGCACAUGAUAACUGUUAUUGGCCCUAGCACUUUAGGGGCUCGAAACAUUCAUGUCAUGAUUGAGUUCCUAUUAAUUAUUCUUUUUGAUAUGCCCAAGGACUUUAUUCAUCAUGACAAAUUAUUUGAUCUUUUGGCAUUUGUUGGAGCACUUAUCAAAGAGGUAUCAACUCUUGUUCGCGACUUAGAAGAGAAAUUAAGGAAUAAAGAGAGCACCGAUGAGACAAAUCGUGCAACCCUAGACUUGCUGGAAAAUAUUGAAUUCCUCAAGGAAGAUCUCAAACAUGUUUAUCUGAAAGUCCCGGAUUCAUCUCAAUGUUGCUUCCCCAUGAGUGAUGGACCGCUCUUCAUGCAUCUACUACACAUACAUUUGAAUGAUUUGCUGGAUUCCAAUGCUUAUUCAAUUGCUUUGAUAAAGGAAGAAAUUGAGUUGGUGAGACAAGACCUGGAAUUCAUAAGAUCGUUCUUUGUGAAUGUUGAGCAGGGAUUGUAUAAAGAUCUCUGGGAACGUGUUCUAGAUGUGGCUUAUGAGGCAAAAGAUGUCAUAGAUUCAAUUAUUGUUCGAGAUAAUGGUCUCUUACAUCUUAUUUUCUCACUACCCAUUACCAUAAAGAAGAUCAAGCUUAUCAAAGAAGAGGUCACUGAUUUACAUGAGAACAUUUCCAAGAACAGAGGACUCAUCGUUGUGAACUCUCCCAAGAAACCAGUUGAGAGCAAGUCAUUGACAACUGAUAAAAUAAUUGUAGGUUUUGAGGAGGAGACAAACCUGAUACUUAGAGAGCUCACCAGAGGACCGGCAGAACUAGAUGUCAUUUCGAUCACUGGUAUGCCGGGUUCAGGUAAAACUACUUUGGCAUUCAAAGUAUACAAUGAUAAAUCAAUUUCUUUUCAUUUCGACCUUCGCGCAUGGUGCACAGUCGACCAAGAAUAUGACGAAAAGAAUUUGUUGAAUAAGAUUUUUAAUCAAGUUAAUGGCUUGGAUUCAAACUUGAUUGAGAAUAUUGAUGUUGCUGAUAAGCUACGGAAACAACUGUUAGGAAAGAGGUAUCUUAUUGUCUUAGAUGAUGUGUGGGAUACUACUACGUGGGAUGAGUUAACAAGACCUUUUCCUAAUGGUAUGAAAGGAAGUAGAAUUAUUUUGACUACUCGAGAAAAGGAAGUGGCUUUGCAUGGAAAGCGCUACACUGAUCCUCUUGAGCUUCGAUUGCUAAGAUCAGAAGAAACUUGGGAGUUAUUAGAGAAAAGGGCAUUUGGAAACGAGAGUUGCCCUGAUGAACUAUUGGAUGUUGGUAAAGAAAUAGCCAAAAAUUGUAAAGGGCUUCCUUUGGUGGCUGAUCUGAUUGCUGGAGUCAUUGCUGGGAGGGAAAAGAAAAAGACAGUGUGGCUUGAAGUUCAAAAUAAUUUGAGUUCCUUUAUUUUGAACAGUGAAGUGGAAGUGAUGAAGGUUAUAGAAUUAAGUUAUGACCAUUUGCCACAUCACAUCAAGCCAUGCUUUCUUUACCUUGCAAGGUUUCCGAAGGACACUGCAAUAACAAUAUAUACAUUGAAUGGUUUAUGGCUUGCUGAAGGAUUUGUGGAACAGACAGAGAUGAAGAGUGUGGAAGAAGUGAUAAAGGUUUAUGUGGAUAACUUAAUUUCCAGUAGCUUGGUAAUUGCUUUCAAUGAGAUAGGUGAUUACCCAACUUUCCAACUUCAUGAUCUUGUGCAUGAAUUUUGUUUGAUAAAAGCAAGAGAGGAAAAGUUGUUUGACGAGAUAAGUUCAAGUACACCAUCUUCUUCUUCAGAUUUGAUGCCACGUAUAGUGACCAUUCAUUAUAACAGCAAGUUAUUGGGGCUUAACAAUUUGUUUGAUUCAAAUAAGAAAAGGCAUUCUGGUAAACACCUGUAUUCUUUGAGCAUAGAUGUAGAUCACAAGCUGGCCGACAGUGUUUCUGAUACAUUUCAUCUAAGACAUUUGAGGCUUCUUAGAACCUUGGAACUGCAUACCUCUUUGAUCACGGUGAAAGAUUCUUUGCUGAAUGAAAUAUGCAUGUUGAAUCAUUUGAGGUACUUAAGAAUUGGGACACAAGUUAAAUAUCUGCCUUUGUCUUUCUCAAACCUCUGGAAUCUAGAAACUCUGGUAGUUCAAAACAACGGAACAACCUUGAUACUAUUACCGAGAAUUUGGGAUCUUGUAAAGUUGCAAAUGCUGAUUGUGAGUGAGUGUUCUUUCUUUGAUAUGGAUGCAGAUGAAUCAAUAUUGAUAGCAGAGGACACAAAGUUAGAGAAGUUGAAAAUAUUAGUGGGACUCAUUCUUUCCUAUUCGAAAGAUACAGAGGAUAUUUUCAAAAGGUUUCCCAAUCUUCAAUUGCUUGAGUUUGAUCUCAAGGAAUCAUGGGAUUAUUCAACAGAGCAAUACUGGUUCCCAAAAUUGGAUUGCCUAACUGAACUAGAAAACCUCAUUGUAGGUUUUAAAAGUUCAAACACAAACGACAGUGGGUCCUCUGCAGCCAUAAAUCGGCCAUGGAAUUUUUACUUCCCUUUGAAUCUGAAAAAACUGCGUCUGUUUGACUUUCCUCUGACAUCCAAUUCACUAUCAACAAUUGCGAGACUGCCCAACCUUGAAGACUUGUACCUUGGUACAAUCAUCCAUGGGGAAGAAUGGAACAUGGAGGAGGAAGACACCUUUGAGAAUCUCAAAUAUUUGAAGUUGCAUGAAAUGACACUUUCCAAGUGGGAGGUUGGAGAGGAAUCCUUCCCCUCCCUUGAGAAAUUAAAACUGCAGGGAUGUCAUGAGCUUGAGGAGAUUCCACCUAGUUUCGGGGAUAUUAGUUCAUUGAAAAUUAUCAAACUUGUAGAGAACACUCAACUUGAAGAUUCUGCUAUGAAGAUUAAGGAAUAUGCUGAAGAUAUGAGGGGAGGAGACGAGCUUCAAGUCGUUGGCCGGAAGAAUAUCCUGUUAUUUAAGUAG